AUGGGCCAGAAAAAUUGUAGCAAUGUAGCUAAUUUAAGUAAAAAAUUAAAAGUAUACAUUAAUCCUUUCGAUUUUACUCUUGAUAAAGACAAAUUAUUUAAUAUUACAACUGGAGAAGCUGCUUCAUCACAAAUUACAGAAUUUCUUCUAAAUAUCGAGCAUAAUGGAAAUGUCGCAGGGGAUGAGAGUGAUAUUAUGGACGAAGAAUCUGAACUUGAAUCUGAAGAUAGUGUGUCUGAUGACACUGAUUCAGAAAAUAAUUAG